UUUGUUUGGGUACUAAACUAAAUAAUAUUCCAUUCCUUUCUUUUGUUGUGCUCCUCAUACAUAGUUCAUCAUCCACAACACUUCCCUCACUCACUCACACUUCACAAUCAUCACCGACUCGACUCAACUCAACUCAACUGCUAUGGUGAGAGUAAUUCCCAUCGCUAGUUCUUCAAUUCUACCCACUCUUUCUCUCUUCAAUCGCACUCCACGAAUCUCUUUCUCUCAUUUUUCCACCGCAGUUCCACAAUCGCAUAAUUUUGGCUUGAAAGCUUGUAGAUUAUUCAAACAAAAUGGAAACUCUCUGAAAGUGAUGUCAUCUGGGAACGUGUCAUCAUCAGUCACUGCUGCUUCACCAGAAAAUGUACUGGAAUGGGUCAAACAAGAUAAAAGAAGAAUGCUUCAUGUUGUUUAUCGUGUUGGUGACUUGGAUAGAACUAUUAAAUUUUAUACUGAGUGUCUCGGAAUGAAGCUGCUUAGAAAGCGUGACAUACCGGAGGAAAGAUAUACUAAUGCUUUUCUCGGAUACGGACCUGAAGACUCACAUUUUGUUAUUGAACUCACAUACAAUUACGGAGUUGAUAAAUAUGAUAUUGGAACUGCAUUUGGCCAUUUCGGCAUUGCUGUUGAUGAUAUUACAAAAACAGUGGAACUAAUAAGAGCUAAAGGUGGCAAAAUAACUAGAGAGCCUGGUCCUGUCAAAGGAGGCAAAACAGUAAUUGCAUUUGUUGAAGAUCCUGAUGGUUACAAAUUUGAACUUUUGGAAAGAGGUCCCACUCCUGAGCCAUUGUGCCAAGUGAUGCUUCGAGUAGGUGAUCUUAACCGUUCAAUUGAAUUUUAUGAGAAGGCUUUUGGUAUGGAGCUGCUUCGUACGCGAGAUAAUCCAGACAACAAGUAUACCAUAGCAAUGCUUGGUUAUGGUCCAGAAGAUAAAAGUACUGUUCUGGAGUUGACUUACAAUUAUGGAGUCACUGAAUAUGAUAAAGGAAAUGCUUAUGCUCAGAUUGCAAUAGGUACAGAUGAUGUGUACAAAACUGCCGAAGCGAUUAAACUAUCCACGGGAAAGCUUACUCGGGAACCUGGACCAUUGCCUGGUAUCAAUACAAAAAUUACUGCAUGCUUGGAUCCUGAUGGAUGGAAGACGGUUUUUGUAGAUAACAUUGAUUUUCUAAAGGAGUUGGAGUAGAAGAGUAUUUAGGUAGGUCAUCAUCACAGCAAUCUUGUAAGAUCUGUAUCAAACCUCUGCCAAAGAAUUGGAAUGUCCAUAUGAAGAAAAAAUAUUGAGAAUGCAUCACAUCCAAAUUCGAUUUUGUAGAAAAUGUAAUAAUGACUCUAGCGAUGAUGCUUGUAACAAAUGCUAGAACAGCGUAGAGUGAUUGAAUUACAAUGCUUAUAAAAAAAAGUGGUUGAAUUACAAAUACAGUUAUUUAUUCAAUAUAUUGUUUGAUGGUCUAUAUACAUAA